AUGAAAAGUGUUUUGAUUUUAAGUCUGCUCGUUGUUGCAAUUAUCUUUGAUCCCGUUAGUGGACAAAUACAAUGUGCACCGCCCAACUGUGACUUCGUUAAUCGAGCUCUUUUAUUCCCACAUAACGAUCCAAAUUUGUUCUAUCAAUGUGCUCCAGGGCCUAUGGGAACUUGGAUUCCUUUUGAAUUGAGGUGUCAGUGCUUGACUUUAUUCUAUACAGCUCGUCAAAGAUGCGACUUUCCUGAAGAUUGGACACCGCAAUGCAUUGGACAUGAUCCUGGUUCAAUACCAACGCCAUGCGAUCCAAGACCAUAA